AUGCGUUCCGCCAUUGUUCUCUCUGCCCUUGCUGGUGUUGCUCUCGCCGAGCACAGAUCUCUGAUCGGCCGCGAUGGCACCUGUAAGCCUCAGCCUGCUGGCUCUGGCCCUGUUGCUUCUCCCGACACUGUCGAGGCCUUCUUUGCCAUUCCUGAGCUCCAGACCCUGUCAACAAGCGCUCCCACUCCCGAUGGUUACACUUCUGCCUUCACCGCCUUGAACGCUUCCCUCAACGCCAACAAGUACAUGGGUCUUUGGACUCUUACUUCCUACGACACCAUCGGCUGUGCUUCCCUUUGUGACAAGACCACUGGUUGCGAGGCCUUCAACAUGUACAGCGAGCGCGAUCCCACUCUCGAUCCCAACGCCUCCAACUGUGCCAACCCUGCAUCUCUCACCAACUACAAGUGCACCCUGUGGGGUGCUGGUGUAUCUGCCGACCAGGCCAAGAACUUCGGCCAAUGGAGAGAUAACUUCCAGGUCGUCAUCACUGGCAGCAAUGCAUACAAUAAGGUCCCCGCACCUUGCACUGUCCCUGGCUACGAUGGCCCUACUCAGCUUGGUGGUGCCAUCAACGCCCCCCUCGAUGCCAACCGCCACGACACCUACAUGGGCGUCCGCGUCUACCCCUUCAACGAGGACCAGGAGUACGACCCUACCGCCUGCGCCACUGCUUGCACUUCUCAGACUGCCUACAACAAGGGCCACCCUGCUAAGGAUGGUUCUUACCAGACUUGCCGCUUCUUCAACUCCUGGGUCCAGAGCAAGAACGGUGUUGCUUACGAGGUCCACUGCGGUCUUUACAACCAGACUUGGUCUCCUCAGUACGCCACCAACUACGGUCAAUACCAAGGCAGCAACCGCAUCACUGUCUCCAGAUCUUACAGCUACACUCUUUCCGAGGUUUCUGCUUAA